AUGGAGGAGGAGGAGGAGGAGGAGGAGGAGGAGGAGGAGGAGGAGGAGGAGGAGGAGGAGGAGGAGGAGGAGGAGGAGGAGGAGGAGGAGGAGGAGGAGGAGGAGGAGGAGGAGGAGGAGGAGGAGGAGGAGGAGGAGGAGGAGGAGGAGGAGGAGGAGGAGGAGGAGGAGGAGGAGGAGGAGGAGGAGGAGGAGGAGGAGGAGGAGGAGGAGGAGGAGGAGGAGGAGGAGGAGGAGGAGGAGGAGGAGGAGGAGGAGGAGGAGGAGGAGGAGGAGGAGGAGGAGGAGGAGGAGGAGGAGGAGGAGGAGGAGGAGGAGGAGGAGGAGGAGGAGGAGGAGGAGGAGGAGGAGGAGGAGGAGGAGGAGGAGGAGGAGGAGGAGGAGGAGGAGGAGGAGGAGGAGGAGGAGGAGGAGGAGGAGGAGGAGGAGGAGGAGGAGGAGGAGGAGGAGGAGGAGGAGGAGGAGGAGGAGGAGGAGGAGGAGGAGGAGGAGGAGGAGGAGGAGGAGGAGGAGGAGGAGGAGGAGGAGGAGGAAGAGGAGGAGGAGGAGGAGGAGGACGAGGACGAGGACGAGGGC